GGGUGCUUAGCAGAUAUGGUGAGUCAGUUAAAGCUAAACUGAUUAUGCAAACUUAUGAUGGUGCAGCUGUUAUGAGUGGUCAUCUCAAUGGCGUCCAGACCCUCAUGCGGCAAGAUUAUCCAUUUGCAUUUUUCUUUCACUGUGCCGCCCAUCGCUUAAACUUAGUUCUGUGUCAAUCUGCAUUGAAUAUCAAGGAGGUGAAGCUCUUUUUCUCCAAGAUAUCUGCUUUUUGUACCUUUAGUAAGCCCAGCUCUGAUAGAAAGGCACAUCUAAAUUCCCAUGGUGUUGAUAUCCCAAAUCCAGGUGAAACUAGGUGGUAUUAUAAGUCCCGUACUGUCUCUGCUAUCUUUAAGGGGUAUGAAGCCUUAGAGAGAGCUUUAACUGAAAUUAAAGAUGCACCUCGAAUGUGGAGAGAAGACACAGUUGACCGGGCAGAUGGUCUGCUCCAAAAUCUUGAGUCCUUCCUAUUUUGCUUUUUAUUAGAGCUUUACUACAAAAUUUUGGAACAGUCCUCAAUCUUAUACAAUGUUCUGCAAAAUAGGGCCACUGAUUUCUCUGAUGGUGUUAAAAAAAUCCAAAAUUUUGUAGAUUUUCUCAAAAAUGAUCUUCGCAAUGAUACUGCCUUUGAAACCUGCUAUGCGGCUGCUGAGAAUCGAGCUGGUGUCCCAUCCAGAAGAUCAGAGCAAAUUAUUAAUUAUAAGCAGCUUUAUUGUGAAGUGAUUGACACCAUUGUUGGUAUGGUCAAUAAUCGGUUUCAAGAUGUUGACAGCUUCUCGUUUCUCGAUUUGGUGAACCCCAAAAUUUUUACUAAAUGGCAAAGUGGUGUCCCAGCUGACAAGUUGCAGCUGUUGAGAGAGAAAUAUGGGCCACUCUUUGAUAUUUCUAGUCUCGAAAGCCAACUGAUGUUUAUUUACAAAGAUCAAGAUUUUUUAAAGGAUAAUCCAAUGGAACUUUUACAAUAUAUUUACCAGAUGAAUAUUCAGGGAUGUAUUCCAGAAUUUGUCAAGUUACUAAAAUUAAAUGCUGUCAUUGCAGUAUCGAGUGCAUCUGCUGAAAGAUCCUUUUCAUGUUUGGGUAGAGUAAAGUCCUAUCUUCGCAGCACAAUGAGUGAUGGACGACUUGGCUCAUUAUGCAGGAUAUCUAUCCAUAAGGACAUACUUAAGGAGAAAGAAGAUCAGAAGCAGCUCCACAAGUUGGUUUUGGAGAAGUUUAUUGAAAAGCCAAGACGUCUUAAUUUUCAAUUUAGGUAA